GCCAUCGACAAUUCGUCGCCGCUGACGCAGAAUUUGUGUGUAAAACCUUGUAAAGUUUGUGUGAUUUCGCGUUCCAAACCCGAACUAUUGCGGUGGAAAGUGGAUAGGAAGUGGCGCUAAACCGGUGUCCACCCAAUUAAUGCCGAGAUCAGCCAGUAAACAAACGCUGCCGAUGCGCGAGAUGGCGGACUUGGACGCAGUGCACCUGGGCCUGGACGAGAACGAGGCGGACAUUGCCGAGGAGCUGCAGGACUUCGAGUUCAACACACGGAGCGAGGCGUCGGAGUCGAACGGCGGCGACUCCUCGGACUCGGAGCCCAGUAUCAGCUCGGUGAGCACUGCCACAUCCUCGCUGGUGGGCAGCAGCAAGCGGAAGACCAAGAAGCUGAACAAGGAAAGCCCCCAGCCCACGGUGGCUGCCAAGUCCUCAAAGUCCUCCUCCUCCAAGAACAAGGGCAAACGGGAGCCCACGCCCGAGGAUCUGAACGGUGGCAAGAAGAAGAAGCGCACGGGCAGCGAGUCGAAGAAAACCUCUUCCUCUGAGUCCUCUGAAAAAGUUAAGGCCAAAUCUCCGCCUGCCGAAGAGCGCCAGCCGGCGGCGAAGAAGUCGCGCACCAAGAAAGCCACCAAUGUGAACGAUUCGGGUGGCCACAAGAGCGAUGCUAGCGAGGCCGAGGACGAGAAACCAGCUCUUCCAGCUCUCGAGUCCGACAGCGAGUCCUCCGACUCGGAUUCGGGCACCCAGCACAAGAGGAACGGGGGCAAUGGUGGCGGCAAUGGCCGUGGUAAGCCCAAUUCCAAGAGCUCCACGCCGGAAAAGGAUUCGGGCGGCGUUGGUCCGCAGUCACAUGCACAGAAGGGCUACGACUACAUGACCAAGCUGAACUAUCUGUUCCGGGACACGCGCUUCUUCCUCAUCAAGUCCAACAACAGCGACAACGUCCAGCUGUCCAAGACCAAGAGCGUGUGGGCCACGCUGCCGCAGAACGACGCCAAUCUUAACCAGGCCUUCAAGGAGGCCAGAAAUGUGCUGCUCAUCUUCUCGGUGAACGAGAGUGGUAAAUUUGCAGGCUUUGCCCGAAUGGCGGCUCCCUCCCGGCGAGACAUUCCCCAGGUGGCCUGGGUACUGCCGCCCAGUAUUUCGCCCAAGGCACUGGGCGGCGUCAUCGAGCUUGACUGGAUCUGCCGCAAAGAGCUGUCCUUCAACGCCACCCUGCAUCUGCACAACACCUGGAACGAGGGCAAGCCGGUGAAGAUCGGUCGCGACGGCCAGGAGAUUGAGCCCAAGAUCGGCGGCGAACUGUGCCGUCUCUUCCCGGAGGACGAGCAAAUCGAACUCACGCCGAUACUCAAGAAAUCCAAGGAGACGGCUCGAGUAAUGCGGGAGAAGGGCAUCCAUGUGAUCUACAAGCCGCCCAGAAGUCUCUCCUCGCGUGGCCACGGCGGCGGAGGAGGCCGCGGCGGAGGCAGGGGUGCCAGUCACGACCAGCUGGGUCCGAUGCGUCACAAGAGGAGCUACCACGGACCACCACACCAUCGCCCGUACCGUCACCAUCAUGGCAUGGGCCUGCCACCGGGCGGUGGCUUUAAGAGAAGCGGCUCUCCCUACCGCCAGAUGGGCAGUGGAGCAGGAGCACCACCCGGUGGUCCCGGCGACAUGGCCAUGCCGUCGUGGGAGCGCUACAUGUCCUCCGCAGCAGCUGCUGAAGCCUAUGUGGCGGACUACAUGCGCAACAUGCACGGCCAACUGCCGCCGUUGCCCUUCGUUCCUCCCUUCGCCCAGCUGCCGAUGCCAGGAGCUGGGGCCGGAGCAGCGGGUGCCCUGCCACCGGGAGCAGCUGCCAUGUACGAGCAGCUGCCGCCGCCGGUGCGGUACUACGAUGGACCGGGUGCACCACCACUGCCGGAUUAUCCGCCUCCACAGCGACCACCGCCACCGGGCUUCGAUAAGGCGCCGAGCUACGAGGAGUUUGCCGCCUGGAAAAACGCUGGCCUGCCCACAGUGCCACCGCCAGGCUUUCCCGUGUACGGCGGAGCAGCCAAUGGGGGUAGCAAUGGAGCUGGCGGGGCAGCUGCAGCCCAGGCGGCUGCUGGCGGAAGCAUGGGAGUCGGAGGAGGCGGCGGAUCCGGCGGCGGGAUGGGUGGACCCGGUGGCUAUCGGAAUCGAGACGGCAACAACGGCUCCGCGGGCGCUCGUCGGCGAGAGUACGGGAAUCGCAGCGGUGGAUCUUCGCGGGAUUCGCGACCGUUUCGCGAGCGUGGCGGUGGCGGCGGCCAGCGAAGCUAUCGGGACAACAGGCGCUAGGCCGCAUCGAGAUCGGGCUCCUGGCCUCGCUAGAAUCGGAAAGUGUAAUCCUAAUCCUCUCGCGUGUGAAAAUUCAAAGAUAAAUAUUGAAUGCGUUACGGUGUAAGCGAAAAGUUGAUAUGAUAAAACCGAAACCAAUCCUAGACCUACGAAAAGCGGCUAUCGUCUAGAGUCGAUACAACUCUCUGUCCCCCCUUUCUCUCUGUCCCGCUCACCAAACACCCCCCACCACCCACACUAAGAUUUAAACAAACUUACGACUUAAGCAAAUUUCAAAACAGCAGAGAUCUUAAUGCUAAUUAAAUAUUUUAAACCACAAGAAGAAAAUACAAAAUGAAAGAGAGAAAAUGUGAACUUUAUUUACCCAAAACCAAAAGCGAAAACCUAAAGAGCGAGAGAAAGAGACCUUAAAGAGACGCCCAACAACAACAACCACAACCAACAACAAUACCAUGAACGAACUUAAGUUAACAUGAGAGCAGUGAUCAAACAGUGAUGUGUGUAUCGUGUGUGCCGAACCCCACAAAGCCCCCAUUCUCCACCCACAACCCCCUAAAGUUCCAAAAACGAGAGUUGGACACAACAAAAGCAAGCUGAAAAUCGAAGGGGUUCCAGCUAGUUUGCCCCAGAAAGACUUUCAAAGACCCCAAUGGAGCCCAGCUCCCAAUGGGGACUGUGAUAGUAAUAGUCACUGCUACCAAACUUCAAGGUCGAGGGUCCGUCGUUUCGAUCCGAUGCCCGCUUCCUUAUACGUAGUAUUAAACUAAUGCAAUCAUUUUUAACACUUACAUGUCUUGCCGACAGAAGACCAUUAAGAUAUCCCAGUAACAGACACACAUCCGCCUACAUUUUGGCCGCAGACCCUGCGGCCCCUUAGCAUUCCGAACCGUAGCAAUCCGAACUGUUUGACCCACCAGAUGGUCACCAUUCCCCAUCGUUUCCACUCAGAGACUGCCACAUCUUCAGCUCAGACCGCCGACAAACACCCAAACACAUUCCCGGACAGACCUAGGGAGUUUGCUCUGUUUCCUUGCAGGAUCGGAACCCCACGCUUGGGAACCCGGACGGAGUUGGAAACCCUUUACGUGUUCAGAAGAAAGCCGGAGAGAGACCCGUAGAAAGACUGAUGGCAAAUAAAAACUCGAGCUGAUUACAAAUAUAAUAACACGGU